UAGUCUGUGUAUCAACAUGGCAGAGGCAACUUUAGAAGAUAAGGAUUUGAUUACCUGUUCAAUCUGUCUGGAUCUACUGAAGGAUCCAGUGACUACUGCUUGUGGACACAGUUACUGUAUGGGCUGUAUUAAGGACUGCUGGGAUCAGGAUGAUCUGAAAGGGGUCUACAGCUGUCCCUUGUGCAUGGAAAGCUUCACCCCAAAACCUGUCCUGAGGAAAAACAUCUUAUUGGCUGAAUUAGUGGAGAAACAGAAGAAGACAAGACUCAAACCUGCUCCUCCUGCUCGCUGUUAUGCUGGACCUGGAGAUGUGGAGUGUGACUUCUGCACUGGGAGAAAACUCAAAGCAGUCAAGUCCUGUCUGGUGUGUCUGGCCUCUUACUGUAAGACUCACCUCCAGCCUCACUAUGAAUCCCCUGCCUUUAAGAAACACAAGUUGAUUGAUGUCACUGAACAACUACAGGAGAAUAUUUGCUCACAUCAUGACAAACUGCUGGAGGUUUACUGCUGUACUGAUCAGCAGUGUAUCUGUCUGCUGUGUGUGCUGGAUGAACAUAAAGGCCAUGAUACAGUCUCAGCUGCAGCAGAAAGGACUGAGAGACAGUUAAGGACCAAACACUUCAAUCAGUUGAGAGAGAAUCAGCAGAAAUCCCAGCAGAGAAUCCAGGAGAGAGAGAAGGAGAUGCAGGACCUGAAACAGGCUGUGGAUUCUCUGAAACGCUCUGCACAGGUGGAAUUAGAGGACAGUGAGAGGAUCUUUACUGAGCUGAUCCACUCCAUUAAAAAUCAAAGCUCUGAGGUGAAGGAGCUGAUCAGAGCCCAGGAGAAGGCUGAAGUGAGUCGGGCUGAAGGACUCCUGGGGAAACUGGAGCAGGAGGUGACUGAGCUGUGGAGGAAAGAUGCUGAGAUAAAGCAGCUCUCUCACACAGAGGACCACAUCCAUUUCCUCCAGAGUUUCCCAUCUUUCGGUGUCUCUCCUGAAUCUGCUGCCUUACCCAGCAUCAUUAUUAAUCCACACAUCUCCUUUGAAAAGGUUAAAAAGAUUGUCUCAGAACUGACAGAGCAACUGGAGGACGCCUGCAAGAAGCAAAAUGUCAUCAUAUCCGAGAGUUAAAUCAGUCAGAAUUAUUCCAACCCCUGAUCCUAAGACCAGAGAGGAGUUUCUACAAUGUGAGUAAUGAGCAGACACGCACACACCUUUUGUACUGCCGUGAAAAAGUAUUUACCCCCUUUCUGAUUUUCUCUAUUUGUGCUUUUUUUUUUUUUACAAUGAA